GAGUUGCGACCUUUAGUGAAUGCUUGUGCUAUCUUCCAAGCAAUCUGAGCUAGCAGGACCACAUCACCGAUAGAAGGCGAAAACGACAUUUUCAGUACCCAGGUAUUGGUGGUAGAAAAUAAUCAAAUUGGUAGGACUCAAACUGAUGCGAUUUAUCAUUGCGCCCGGCUAAAGAGGGGAAAUUCCUUUAGAAGCUGUGCCUCUUCGAGAUAGGGUCAUCUUGACGCGUUACAGUUGCAUUGCAGGGCUCAGCCUCCUACUCCUCCACCUACCAAGAUCUAGCAUGAUAAAUCAAGGCAGAAACCAAUCUGCCUCGUAUGCUGUAUGCGAUGUUAUUUAUUCCGAGCCACCAACUUCAAUUUAUUACGUUGAGGGUUCUUCACCUUAGCGUCCACCCAUAGCUAUUCGUAUCAUCAUGACUCUUCUUGGCGCAGGUAUUGUCUGGGAUGUACGGGAGCCGCCACCAUCGGAUCUAGAAGACGUAGAUAUACGUUCUUACUUAUACAAUUAUACACAUCCAGAUCCUCAGAGAGUCCCUCAAGAAUCCCCAAAUACCCCAGAAAGGACCAUUCGACAUGUAUUGCCUCCUUCAUCAAUAUCGAUUAAUGGACGUAUUCUAGACGAUACCGCGAAAACAACGGUAUCGCAAGUAUUUUGGAAUCAUGCCGAUACCCCAAUACGCCAAGCAUCCUAUGUGUUCCCAUUGACGAGCGGCUGCACAGUCACCAGCUUCAAAUGUCGAGUUGGUCGGGAUAGUAUUCUAACAGCUAAGGUCCACCCUAGGAAAGAAGCUCAAGAAGCAUUCCAGCAGGCAGUCGAGAAGAACCAAGUCGCUGCGCUGCUGGAGCACAAUACACCCGAGGUCUUCACAGCCUCCCUUGGUAAUAUUCCCUCAAAUACGAGGAUUGAAGCUGAGAUAACAUACGUUGCGCUAUUGAAGCGGCAAUUCUCGGACGAGAAAGACGUAUGGACAUUUACAAUUCCUACCGCUAUCGCGAAUAGAUACGGGACUUCUCCCGCUGGUGUCCGCGGGCUGAUCACUGAGGAUGAGCCUGAUACUUUUACUCUACAGCUUGACGUCAUAGAAGCUUCCGAAAUAGUUGAAAUCAAGAGUGAAACCCAUAAGAUACUAAUUGACCGCGGUCCUAAUAAGGGGAAAGCCUCGAGUUGGAAAGACCUUUCGGAGGGUAGUCGCGACUCAAGUCCGGAGGUUACCGCCGUCAGGUUGGACCACGGGGGUGAAUUCUUAGACUGGGACUUCAAACUUACCAUCGAAACUAGCCCCUUGAAAAAGAUGAGCCAUCCUCAUGCAUGGAUUGAGACGCAUCCAUCUCUCGAGGGUCAGAAGGCCAUGAUGCUAGCGAUACCUCCUUCGCUCAUGCUGAGAAAUCGGGAAGCUUCUACAGUUGGAGAAGUUGUCUUCUUUGUUGACAGAUCUGGCUCCAUGCACGAUAAAAUUGAUUCUGUGAAGUCAUCCCUCCUUUUCUUUCUUAAGGGGAUCCCUGUCGGCUGGACGUUCAACAUUUGGUCAUUCGGAUCUACCCACAGGCAGCUUUGGGAAGAAUCACAGGUCUAUAGUUCAGAGUCUCUAUCAACGGCACUAGAUUAUGUCAAAAUGUUGAGAGCUGAUAUGGGAGGGACCGAGCUGCUGAGGGCGCUCGGCGAAUUAGUAAGAUCUAGAGAUCUCUCACGCCCUUGCGACGUGAUUAUAUUGACGGAUGGGCAAGUUUGGGGACUUGACAAGACCCUUGCCCUCAUUGAGAAAACCAGGACCGUCUCACAAGGCGCGAUGAGGUUCUUUUCUUUAGGAAUCGGAGAUCAUGUAUCACAUGCUCUUGUGCAAGGGAUCGCUUCACGGGGUGGAGGUUAUUCCGAGAUUAUCCCAAAAGCGAGUAUGGGCGGCUGGGAAGAUCGCCUUGUUUCCAUGUUGAAAGCGGCCCUUGCAAGCCAUAUUGGCACUUGGCGGCUCAACUUAAACGGUUGCGAGGUGCAAGAUGAGUUUUUAACGUCACCAGCCAAUAUGCAGACCCUUAAUUUGUUUCAGGGGGACCGAAUAUUUCUGCUUUCCGGGACAGAUUCGUCGCUGGAGAGGCUGAAUGAAAUUUCCGUCGAAACAUUGAAUGCUCAUGGCGGAUGGGAUUCUACUCCCACUUCGAUAACGGCUUUACAGACCCCUGAUUCCACAAUUCACAGUCUUGCCGUUCGGGCUAUUCUUGAUGAUUUCGAAUUUCCUUCCAGGGGUAGCGUGGGUUCCAGCUCCAACACGACGCCCAAGCUUACCGAAGCCCGAGCUGAGGAACUUGCCUGUCGAUUCUCUCUAGCAUCGAAAUGGACAAGUUUCUUCUUAAAGAAGGAAGAGCCAGAGUCCGAAGAAGAUGGCUGGCCAAAAUAUGCCAGCCUUCCUGUCCGACAUCCUGUCGAUGAUCUAGACUUGCUUCAACCACGCGGUACAACGAGAGAUAGAAAAAAGAAACGUAUUAUAAACGAACCAAACAAUAAUAGUAGCGCUGAGACAGUGAAGGACCAAUUCGUAUGCUUCGAUUUUAUGGGUGAAGACACCACUCCGGUGAUGCCGCCGCGGCCCCUGCGCGACGAAAACCCUAACCCGAGCGUGACUCCAUAUCGAAAUUUAUCUAGGGGAGAAAUAGACUCUUUUCAGAGCUCAGCGAGCAGCUUCUCAUCGAAGCAACAGGGUCAAUCGCCUAUGGACGAAUCUUUAGCUUCAGGCGGUUCGAUGGAUGAUUUCAACCGAUUGAUGGCGGGUAGAGAGCGAACCCUUCAGAGACCACCAGAAACCAGUCAGUCGUUAUCCCAUACCAAGACCAUUAAAUAUGUGACAUCCCGACGGUCUUACUAUAAUACAAUCUCAGAGGAUACGACCAUGUUCGAGCCCGAGUUUGCGCCGACUACUUUUGUUGAACCGCAAUCGGAUUCAACUCAACUUAGACAGACCCCUAUGGUACCACGUUCGUCAAAGAAAUUCGUAGCCGAUAUUCUCACAUAUCAAAACUUCGAUGGGAGUUUCGAGAUUGACGUAUGCUCAAUAUUAGGGCCUCUCCUUAUGGACGCGGCUCAAGAAAUAGAGGCACAUAUAUCAAAGAACGAACUAGCUCCGACUCGACCAGUCGAUGUCCUUGCCCGCACAAUCGUUAUUGUGCUACUAUUUGAGCGUGACCUUCAAGAAUACAAGGACCUUUGGGAUCUCAUGAUAAUGAAAUCCUACGCUUACCUUUGGGGCCAAAUUUCCGAUCAAGCUAAGAAAUCCGAGCUUCUAGAAUUUGCAAAAGCGAAGCUCGUCGGAAAGGAGUUGCCUCUAUCGAAAGUUGAUCGGAAUCAAAUGGCAGAAAGCAUUCAGAACCCCAACCCUAAGAGUCAUCCAGAGAGAAGUAUGAUUCGGGUUGCCCCGAGAGACUAGAAUAAUGAAGUACUGUAUUGAAUGAAAGGAGGAAAG